UUGAAGUGGGAACCCAACGGUCCUUAAGGCUAGGGUUCUUCAAUUUAACUAUUUAACCCAAAACCCAUCUCUCUCUCUCUCUCUCUCUCACACACACACACACACACAGAAAAGCGCAAAAAGAGGGAGAAAGAAAACGAAAAUGGUGGCGGCGAAGCAAUCAUACGAGGAUAGCCGUCGCAAGAGAGUGGAAGAGAAUAAGAAGAGAAUGGAAGCUCUCAAUCUCCCUCUGCUUUCUCAAGCUCUCAAAACUUCUCCCAAACCCUCUCCUACGAAGCAGGCCAAACCCCGUGUGGUGCAGAAGCAAUUGGUCGUGGUUAGGAGGUCCACUCGCUUUGCCAACAAGCCUGCACCUAUUUACAAAGAAGUUGCUGUGGACCGCGUGGCAAUACCCAGAAGGAUUUUAGGUAGGCAAAGGAAUUUGUCGAACCUGGUACUUGCCUCGCCUGAAGCCAUAGCAGAAGCUGAUGAGAAAGCGGAAAAAUUAGUAUCGGGUCUACCACCUGGUUAUCCAAUAUUGACUAAGUCAAUGCAGCCAUCCCAUGUCGCUGGUGGAUUUUGGCUGGGUCUUCCAGUCGAUUUCUGCAAGCUGAACCUUCCAAGUCGUGAUGAUGUUAUGACUUUGAUAGAUGAGGAUGGUGAUGAGUAUCCAACCAUAUAUCUAGCCCGUAAAAGAGGACUGAGUGGUGGAUGGAAGGGGUUUGCUGUUGCUCAUCAUUUGGUACAUGGGGAUGCAGUAGUAUUUCAAUUAAUUGGGCGAACAACAUUUAAGGUUUACAUCAUCAGGGUGAACGGUUCUGAGGAGGGAAAUAAUGGAGCCGAUUGAAUUAAUACAGGUAAAAGGGUCUUGGCAUGUUCUGUUUUCCAUUUUGUCAUGAGGUUUUGUGGACCUCCAUGCUCAUGUUGUCUAUAGAAACACUAGAUGUAACUUGCUCCACUAAAGCUGUUUAGUUUUAGCUCUAAUCAAGGUAGUUUUUCUAAUGUUUAUUCUCCUGUUAAAAUGGGUUUGUAGGAGACAAUGAGCUAUCUAAUGAUCAAUUGAUGAACUAGUCUUUUGUUCAA